GGCAUGUGGCCGCGGCUGACAUAUGUAUACUGACCACGGAUUAUGGACAAGACUGCAUGCUACAGAGCGGUCAUAAUCUCAAGCCUCGCUUUAAAAUGCGGGCCGGAAGCAAGCAGCUCCUCCUCGCUUCUUUUUCCUGCACUACCACCUCAGUGUACUACCCGCUACCCCCUUCACCUCUCUCCUAUUAUGCCUUCUAUUAUCCACCCUCUCAGCAACAUCAUGUUCUCUCGCAUCCCCACCCCGGGUUCCAACAUGAUGCUAGUGCCUCUCAAGCAGGCGCAGGCGAACCCGGAGAUCAGGUACCGUGGUCUCUACGAGGACGCGAGAGGCCCGAAUGUCGUCGAGUUUGGGCUGGGAAUUCGUUCCUAUGUUCCCGCGCAUGGCGUGUCGAUUCCGCUCGUGCCUCUCAAAGAGGCGCAGCGGAACGCGGCGAUCAAGUAUCGGGGUCUCUGAUUCCGGGCUUGACGUCGUGUUUGGUUAUUGGAGCGUCGUACGCCGCGGGACUGCCGACUCAUAGGUGGGCGGGUGCGACGUUCGUGCGGCGUUCUUUAUCAAUGGGCGGACGGGGCAGUCGAGGACUCCAGCAGUUGUGCAGGGCCUCGGAGGUAGCAAACGCGGGCGUUUGACAUCUUCAGGUGGUUUCCGAAUCUGACUGUUGGUCGAGACUGAAAGGAGCCGCUGGGCUGUGCGAUGCACGGGUGGUGGUCGCCAGUCAGAAAAGCCAGGAUGGGGUGCGGGACUGGGGAGUGGAGUGUACUCAUCGGGAAUCCUAGGCCCCGAUGGGUCAUAGAAGCCUCUGAGAACGCAUUC